CCAAACCGUGCGCACAGAGAUGACCACGAAUCUACAGAAAUGGAGAGUUCCUCUGAACCUCCUCCGCCGCUACGACGUCGUUUUUGGUUUCAACACCCGGCGGCUACUGCACGAAGGCCCAGACACGGUGGAGGAGCUCAUAGACAGACACGUGGUGAAGAAAGAGAAACACCUGGACGACGAAGAGGAGGAGCUGCUGAAUCGGCGGCGACUGACGACCACGCGCCGCGAGGCGCUGUGUCUUUACCGAGACAUUCUGAGGGCGACGAGGUUCUUCAUGUGGACGGACUCACGGGGCGUGGUUUGGCGAGAUGUGCUGAGAGAAAACGCGAGGAGGGAGUUCGAGGAGGCCCGGUUCGAAACUGAUCCGGAAGUCGUGACCAGAUUGCUGAUCGGAGGGCACGAUGCUGUGCAGUCGGCGUUGGAUAAGCUUGUGGAGAAGCAGCAGCAGCAAAUCCAGAAGGAGCGAGGCGGCGGUGGAAAUCAACCUUAGACGGUUUGUGCAUUUUCUUUUAUUUCUCUAUGAAAUGUAGUUCUUUGCUGAUUGUUGGGGAAUAUGCAUUUGCUAAGUUAUGAUUUAGCUUUGUAAGCAGAAGGUCACCUAUAUCGGAAUUCAAAGAUUACUUUGCAAGACUAUCAUGGCUUGGUAUUGUGACUAAUGUCUCCACUAAAUUAAGUACUCACAUGGUGACUGGGGAAGCCAGAUUGAAUUGCAGCCUAUUUGAACUUAAAUGAACAUUUACUGCUAGAUCAGGACUCUUAGAGCUAAGGAAAUAUAGGCAAUUCUUGAAGCUGAGUGCUGUGAGUGAUUUUAAGAGGACUCCAUAGUCCAUAGACAAGCUUUGUUGAGGACACCAGAAAUGAUAUGAUCACCAUUAGUUUCUGCUCACCAUUACUGACUUUAAGGAUGCAUAUUCCAAGAGGUAUAUUCGGAAGGGAUUUCAGGGGAGAUAUGAUAGGAUGAACUAAUGCAGCUAGUGGAAUAGUGGUGAGUGAGAGACCAAGGAAAGGGUGUGCUUUCUGCUGCUCUCCUGUAGUGUUUCUUUGCCUCCAGCUCCCUUAUCUAUAUUCCUCUUCAAGACACCGCUAAUAUCUCGCUAAGACCUGUUAUGCCGCAUCAAGAGCAAAGCGAGAAGAGCUGACUCGUGAACAUGAACAAUCGUUUAUUUCACAGCUGGUUCAACUUGAGCAAGAACUGCUUCGGAUCAAAGAACUAUCUUCCCUUUCGACAACAGCUAAAUCACGAUGCCACUUGGCUUGGGGCCGUUCCCUAAAGAAUGUCUUUCCCUGGACUCCUGGAGCCAGAGAUCCUUACCCAGUUGAAUUCUCCUUUCUGAUCUGCUAUUUUGCUGUGUUUUUCUUUCUGUUAGUUGAAUAUGAAAAUUAAGAGAAAGAAGAAGGUAGUCAGAAACAUAUUUUUUCUACAUUUAGCAGCAGCUGUGUUUUUCUUUUUGUUAGUUGGAUAUGAAAACUAGGAGAAAGAAGAAGGGAUUCUGAAUCAGAAAUAUUCUCAAUUGAGCAGCAGAAGUCA